ACACGAAGAAGAAGAAGAGACAACAGAAGAAGCCUGAUCAUGCGAACAUAUCCAGAAUGGGUACCCAAGUGAAAGAUGUCAUCAUUAAGCCUGACGCUCCCAGCACACUGCAGCUGGACAAACACGCAGACUACAUCGCUGCAUACGGCUCCAAAAAGGAUGACUAUGAAUAUACGCUGUCAGAAUACCUGAGGAUGAGCGGCAUCUACUGGGGGCUGACAGUGAUGGACCUGAUGGGGCAGCUGCACCGGAUGAACCAGCCGGAGAUCAUAGACUUCAUCAAAUCCUGUCAGCACGAGUGUGGAGGCGUCAGCGCCAGCAUUGGACAUGACCCCCACCUGCUGUACACUCUCAGCGCCGUCCAGAUCCUGUGCUUGUAUGACAAUGUGGAUGCGCUCAAUGUGGACAAAGUGGUGGAAUACAUCAAAGGACUGCAGCAGGAAGAUGGUUCAUUUGCAGGGGACAAAUGGGGAGAAAUAGACACAAGAUUUUCCUUCUGUGCAGUUGCAACACUUGCAUUACUGGGCAAGAUGGAUGCAAUAAAUGUUGACAAAGCUGUAGAAUUCGUCUUGUCCUGUAUGAACUUUGACGGAGGUUUUGGCUGCAGACCUGGUUCAGAGUCUCAUGCGGGUCAGAUUUACUGCUGCUCCGGCUUCCUGUCGCUCACCGGCCAGCUGCACCAGGUGAACGCUGACCUGCUGGGCUGGUGGCUUUGUGAGAGGCAACUGCCAUCCGGAGGCCUCAAUGGACGACCGGAGAAGCUUCCAGAUGUGUGCUACUCGUGGUGGGUUUUGGCGUCACUGAAAAUCAUCGGCAGGAUCCACUGGAUCGACAAGGCCAAGCUGCGAUCGUUUAUUCUGGCCUGUCAAGACGAGGAGACGGGAGGGUUUGCUGACAGGCCGGGAGACAUGGUGGAUCCUUUCCACACUCUGUUCGGAGUUGCAGGUCUCUCCCUUCUCGGAGAGGAACAGAUCAAGCCGGUAAAUCCUGUUCUGUGCAUGCCUGAGGAUGUACUGCAGAGGAUCAACCUGCAGCCAGACCUCCUCAGCUAGCCCUCUGACGCCAUCAUCAAACACACACACAUGCUCACACCCUGCUGCCCUGCUGAACACCCCAACUACCAUGGCUGGAUGUCAGGAGCAGAGAGAGGACCACCACACAUCUCAGUGUUAGCUGAAGUCUACAGACACAUUUUAGGUGCAGGUUUCAGUCUCAGCUCACUAAGGACAAAUAGAGUCACACAGUUCUGACUUGAUCCAUCUGAGUCUGUCUUUACACCGUCAGCCACUCAUUAUGUUAUCAAGUCACUUUGGUUGGUUUUACUGCGGUUCGGGAAAGAGUUUUUUUUUUUUUUGUAAAGUGUGACUUUCAUUGCUAAAUCCCAUAAAUCACAACACAACAUUCCUUAACUUUUCAACUUACUCACCACGUCAGUUUGAGGGAAAACGUGUGACAAACUGGCAUGGAACUCAGUCGUGCAUCUCUUUGUUGCUCUCAUCACCUUUUCAGGAAGUUAUUACUGUACUUAAUUAUUGGCCAGAGACAGAGGCAUUGAUUGUCUCUGCUAUUUCAUGAGCGUUACCUGAAUGGCAAAGGGAUACUCAGUUUGACUUGACAGAUUUGUGCAUUUGAAACAAAUCAAGUGUGGAGCAGGGACGUAUGAGCAACUUUGCUCUGUGAUUUCAAUGUGUUUUGGGGCCUGAGACACUUGACUGGUUUAAAGACAACACAUCUGUGUUUUCUCUUUUUGUUGGAGGGCUCUGCCUUUUUCAUGCACCCACUGUUAAGAAUCAAAUAACUUGCGCAUUUGAGAAGUGAGAGCAUGUGAAGGGCAAACUGUCCUCAUCCUGUUUACACUUGAGCAAUCACACUACCACCAUGCCAACAGGUCUCACAACUGGAGAUACAACACGAGACUUGUUGCGAACAAAGAUAGUUUUAUUAGAAUAUCUUUAGUUUACAGUAUGCACAGAAAAUGUUUUGGGCAGGACGUUGAGGUUGGGGCAGCGUUUUGUUUGUGACACCCAGAGGUAAAACACAUGGCAGCAUCAUCAUCUCUUGCCAAUUAUAUUUAACAUGUUAGCCACAGUAUCAGCAACAUUAUUUAUUUAAAUCCAUGUAACUGAGUCCAGCUUUGUUAUGCAGCUGUGGACAGAUGUUCAGAUUUGACACCACACUGUGUAAAAUCAUUAAAUCUAAAUAUCUUUCGCUUUGAUGUUUCUCAAGUGUCUCUUUAUGUGUACUAAUUUGGUUCAAAUUCUUUUUCCUUUCAGGACUAGCUGAUCUUUAUAUUGCUGUACUCCUGUUGUCUUACAGAAUGCAAAUUGUAUCUGUAUAACAUAAGUGUUGAUGUUGUUACAGAAGGUAAAUGAAUCACAUCAAAUCAAUUAGUUCUCAGGUUGAACCCAAAUAAAGUGACUGAUAACUGAUCAAUUUAUCAAUUGACAUUGUUAUGCAAAAUUAAUAUUGCAGUUCUCAAGGAACUGUGCUGCCUAAAGGCUAUUAAAAUCCUAACAACAACUCACAACCUUAUGUCUUGGACAACUUGUUAAACUAUCAGUUCUCAUCUUUGUGUUGUGGGGAUGGCUCUAAUCCAGAAAGCUGCUCACCGUUGUCACAACUGUAUGUGUGUACAUUAAUGUAACAUAUUUGUUAUCAUAGUUGGCAAUAAAUGUAUGAUUGCCCCCUCAA